UUCGCCGUGGUUGGUUGUUUGCCUUUGUUUUCCAGAUAUUUUUCCCAAAAAUACGCUUAAAAACUCGAAAAAAAUCGACAAAAGAGCACCAUCGAUGGACUUUCGAAGCGCAGAAAAGAUUUAAAUUUCCGUGAAUACGCGAAAGAGUUUGUAAACAUAUUUUGGAUGACCAAAUAUAAAUUUGGCUUCCGCAAACUUAGUGUGAGACGAAGUAAAAAACAAGAAAAAACACUUUUUUGAAUAACGCGCACAUUUAUGGGAACUGGUUAUCAAGCCCCCUCGUCUGCCUUAUCACAGAGCUCCGCAGCAUCAACGGCAGCCGACACAAACAACAAUCAAAAUAACAGCGGCAGCCCAAGUGAUAGUAAUAGUGAAGUGCGAAAAUACAUAUUAAGGAGAAUCCUUCGCUCAUGCCUGGUAAUUAGUCAAUCUGUGAUGAGUCGCACGACAAUGUUCAACAUUUCAAAGCUCUACGAUUCGUAUUCCAACUGGGUGGCCAAGAAUCCAACCAAAGUCGGCGAUGUCGAAACAGCGAUCAAAUAUGCCUCGUAUUUCGUAGCUGGUCGCAUCAGCAGUUCCACCGUUAUAUCCGAGCUCAUUUAUUCCAUGUCGAAUCUUCUCGUGCUCUUUAAUGAUCGCAUAAUCGAGAAGAGCAAUCUGCCUAGCGAACGGGUGCGCGAUGGAACGGAAAACAUGCUCGUUCUAAUCCUCACUCGCUUAGAAUAUUGCGAAGUAUUUAUCGAGUUGUCGGCUCAAAAGAUGUGGGGUACGAAAGGCAAAUGGUUCAUCAUUGUCGUUAUUCAAUUCAUCAAAUGCAUUGGUCGCUUAAUUUUGACACUUCAUUACAAGAACUCCAUUGUUCAAAGUCCCCCAAUAUCUGUUCUGGACCGCAAAAAGUUCGAUGACACAAACAGGCCAGUGGCCGUGGGAAAUGAUGGUGAUAUGUAUAACAUGAAUGGUCGCAUCACCUUUACACUACGUCGUUCGGGUCGUGUCGUGCGCAAGGUAGACGGAGCUCCGCCACUGUAUUUGCGAAAUUGGCGAAACUUGGGAAAAGAAUGCAAGCCCGACAAUCAGAUUGAACAUCACAAUAAUUUGACGCGUGCUGAAACGUUGUACGUGCUGAAACCCAUGAUUCACUUGGGCGGAUGUGCCCUUUUCGGAUACAAGUCGUGGCGCAGCUGGUCAAUUGCCCUGUUCAUUGACCUCAUUAGUCUCCGGAUGUACAUGAACAAUAGAAGACUGCUGACCAAAAUCCAAAAGGUCGAAAUUUCAAGACGCAUCAUGACGUUGCUACUGUAUUUAAUGAGAUCGCCAUUCUAUGAUAAAUACAGCGGCGAUAAGAUUAACUGCUUACUGCGAACUUUAUCGAAGCAUAUACCAUUCACGAAGGCUAUUGUGACACCACUAAAAGAUUACAUUCCUUACUGGCAGGAAACCUACUUCCACAUGUGGAGCUAAAUGUGUAAGUGACGAAAUAACCUUCCUUCCUUUAUGUUCUUCUUCUUCUUCUUUAUUUACCUUUUUAUUAUUUGAUCAAAUGUGAACAGUAAAAAAAUAUUUAUCAAGUAAGCUUUUUAAAUAUUAUAAAUAAAGAAAUGUAAAAUAUAUGUACAAUAAAAAAUAUAUUUUUAA